AUGAAAUUGAGUGGUAAAGUAGCUCUUAUUACCGGCGGUUCUGAAGGUAUUGGUUUGGCGACGGCUCAGCGUUUUAUUCUCGAAGGCGCCGAACAUGUUUUCAUCACUGGACGACGACAAGAAAAGCUGGACGAGGCAGUCAAAAAAAUAAAUGCAGCGAAUGUUACCGCUGUUCAAGGUGAUGUAGGGAAUCUAGCUGAUCUGGACAAAUUAAUCGACAUCAUUAGAGAAGAAAAGGGGCGAUUAGAUAUUAUUUUUGCUAAUGCAGCGAGUUGUACAAUUGCCACGUUCGGUGACAUUACGGAGAAACAUUUCGACGACACAUUCAAUGUCAAUGUCAAAGGUCUUCUAUUUACAGUUCAAAAAGCAUUGCCACUGUUAGUUGAUGGUGCCUCGAUUAUUCUCAAUGGAUCGAAUUCUUCGAUCAAAGCAGAUGCAGGACUGAGUGUCUAUUGCGCAACGAAGGCUGCUAUUCGCGCUUUUGCCCGUUGCUGGAUUCUUGAUCUGAAGCAUCGCAACAUUCGAGUGAAUACAUUGAGUCCCGGCGCAAUCGAUACGCCUCUAUUGCGAAGCCUUGGUGGUACUGAAGAAGAAAUUCAAGCAAAUCUUGCUACUUGGAAAGCAGCGACACCGAUGAAUCGAAUCGGUGCACCCGAUGAAAUUGCCAAAGCUGUUGUAUUUCUCGCUUGCGAUGAUAGCAGCUUUGUGACUGGCAUUGAACUUUUUGUUGAUGGAGGAUAUUCUCAAAUCUAA